UCUGGGAAAUUGUUCUUGCUUUCAGCAGCCAAAAUUGCGCCUGAUUUUUCUGGUGCCGUUUUUAGUUCCCCAACUUCUCAACUUUUCUAAAGAAUAUUGGUCCAAAUUCAAGCAGUGCAGGCUAAUUAUCCAGUGAUGACGUUCAGGAGGUGGUGAUAAAAUCCGAAGAAUUGCAGACGAGAUUGACUUGACACCCUCGAUCCGAUUGCUUCCAUUGUAUAACAGCUGACGAGUUAAUGUUCUCCAGGAUAAGGACUUUCUUACUUAGGAUUAAGCAACCAUACUGCACAAACAAGAGCACAGACAAAAACGGAUCAAACCUUGAGAUUCCCCCUGAACCAACAAAUUGCUGCAUGUCAGGUUGUCCCAAUUGUGUUUGGAUUGAAUAUGCUGAAACUUUAUCAAAAUUAUUCCAUGAUGGCGGAUCUAAAGCCAAACAGAUAAUUCUGGAUAAAGUUUCAGAUCCAAACAUGCGAGCUUACCUGCAAACAGAGCUGAAAAUGCUUGAAAGAAUGAAGGAAACUCAAAAGGACCAACAGAAUACUGGAAAUUCUAAAGAGCCACCUCCAGAACCGAAAUAGACUAGUGAUAAAAUUUUCAAUAAAUUAUAGAAAAGUU